AAGAAAAAAACGUAAAAUUUGUAUCUAUACAUUCUAGAGAAAAAGUUGAGAAUCACAAAGCACAAGUCCCGACAAGAUCCAGAAUUAUUUAUUAUUUUGGGUUUGAUAAUGAGUGUAUGUACCAUUGUCCCUCAACUUCCUUUCAAACUGAAGAGCGCAUGUUUACUGCAGCAACCUAGCGGGCGCAUCUCCUACCUCCCGAACCCAUCCCUUUCCAAAUCAUCAUCUACUCUCCUCCCUGAUCUAGAGAGAGAAAGGGAGAGAUCUAGAUCUAGAUCUAGAUCUAAAGAGAGAGAGAGAACGAUCCCCCCUCUCCCAUGGCGACGAGCGAGUCGUUGUCCUUGAUCUACAAGGACCCGUCCCAGCCGGUGGAGGCGCGCGUCGGCGACCUCCUCGCGCGCAUGACGCUGCGGGAGAAGGCGGCGCAGAUGGCGCAGGUCGAGCGCUGCGUCGCCUCCCGCGCCGCCCUCGCCGGCCUCGCCGUCGGCUCCGUCCUCAGCGCCGGCGGCAGCGGCCCUCCCCUCCCGGCCGGCGCCGCCGCCUCCGCCGCGGACUGGGCCGACAUGGUGGACGAGAUGCAGCGGUGGGCGCUCGCCUCGCGCCUCUCGAUCCCGAUCAUCUACGGCGCCGACGCCGUCCACGGCCACAACAACCUCUUCGGCGCCACCAUUUUCCCCCACAACGUCGGCCUCGGCGCCACAAGGGAUGCGGAAUUGGUGCGCAAGAUUGGGGAAGCAACAGCUCUAGAAGUGAGAGCAACUGGCAUACACUGGACGUUUGCCCCCUGUGUUGCGGUCUGCAGAGAUCCGAGAUGGGGGAGAUGCUAUGAAUGCUAUAGCGAGGACACAGAGAUCGUUCGGACAAUGACCUCUAUAGUUUCAGGGUUGCAAGGAUCACCUCCUCCAGGGCAUCCUCCUUGCUACCCUUUCCUUGCUGGAAGGAGGAAUGCGAUUGCAUGUGCCAAGCAUUUUGUGGGAGAUGGCGGCACACACAAAGGAAAAAAUGAAGGCAACACCAUUUGCAGCUAUGAAGAGUUGGAGAGGAUUCAUAUGAGUCCUUAUUUUGAUUGCUUAGCCCAGGGGGUUUGUACUGUUAUGGCAUCAUACACUAGCUGGAAUGGGAAACCAUUACAUGCUAAUCGUUUCCUCAUAACUGAUAUUCUGAAGGACAAGCUGGGCUUCAAGGGUUUUGUCGUAUCAGAUUGGGAAGGCAUUGAUAGGCUCUGCCACCCUCAAGGAUCGAACUAUCGUUAUUGCAUUUCUGCAUCAAUUAAUGCUGGAAUCGACAUGAUAAUGGUGCCUCACAGAUACGGCAAGUUUCUAGAAGAUUUGGUUUUUCUGGUGGAGUCGGGGGAGAUACCCAUGUCGAGGAUCGAUGAUGCUGUGGAGCGGAUCCUGAGGGUGAAGUUUGUCUCUGGACUCUUUGAGCAGCCUUUCUCUGAUCGUUCUUUGCUCAGUGUAGUGGGAUGCAAGGAGCAUCGACUGUUGGCACAAGAGGCUGUUCGAAAAUCCUUGGUCCUUCUAAAAAAUGGAAAAGAGCCAAAAAGACCAUUUCUUCCUUUAAAGAAAAAUGCUAAAAGAAUACUUGUUGCUGGGAGACAUGCUGAUGACAUUGGAUAUCAGUGUGGGGGAUGGACAAUAACUUGGUAUGGAACCAGCGGGAGGAUAACAAUUGGGACAAGUAUAUUGGAGGCUAUUAAAGAGUCCAUAGAAGAGGAAACUGAAGUGAUAUUUGAGGAAAGCCCAUCGGCCGCCACUUUCUUAGGAAAAGAGUACUCAUGUGCAAUAGUUGUUGUCGGGGAGGUUGCUUAUGCCGAAUUCUUGGGUGAUAGAACAGAUCUUAGCAUUCCUUUUGACGGCGCAGAUAUGAUCUCUCUUGUAGCUUCUAAUAUUCCGACUUUAGUAAUUGUGAUAUCUGGAAGGCCAUUAGUUUUUGAGCCGGAACUGCUUGAGAAGAUAGACGCCUUGGUCGCGGCAUGGCUACCGGGAAGCGAGGGACGGGGAGUUGCUGAUGUUAUAUUUGGAGACUAUGAUUUUGAGGGUGUUUUACCUGUGUCAUGGUUUAGAUCAAUCAAUCAAUUGCCUCUAAAUGCUUCACACGAUUCAUACGAUCCCUUAUUUCCGAUUGGAUUCGGGCUGAAAAUGUAUGGGGAAAAUGAAUGAAAAAUCCCAAUAAUUUAGCAUUGCACUUUACUGGUUCUUGUUGUAUUACUGUACAUCUUUAAUUACUAAAUAAUUGUUGUUAUCACAUUAUGAGUUUUUUAAUGCCUGGGUGGGGCUGAAUGCUUUGUUGUAUGAUGGAUGUAAAACUUUGCAUCGGAAAAAAGUAAAAUCCAGGGCUUAUGCUUUGAACAUAA